GAAGGGCUCCUUAGGCCCGAGGGGUCCAGGGCACACAAAAGGUCUGAAGCCCAGCAUCAGAAGGUCGGGCGUAAAGCGAGGUGGUAGAGUAGCGAUCUCUGGAUCUGAGCAAACUGGGUCUGCCAGCUCAGAAUGGCUGGAUUCCUCUUGUGUGAGCCAACAACACUUUACAAUAUCUUAAAUCAGGAAACAAAGCACUCCAGAUUAGCAGAGACCAACUAUCUCUAUUUACUAGAUGUCCGUACCAAACGAGAAUAUGAUGAAAGCCACAUCAUCACCGCCCAGAGGAUGAAGCAGAAGGGAGGUAAAUAUGUUGUUCCAGAGUCAAUGGAUCUGGAGUGUGUGAAGUUCUGCAUCGUCUAUGAUGGAAUCACCAACUCCUUGGACGUGAGCAUAGAGCUCGAGGAAAAAGACAAGCCUGACAGCUCUGAGGAUGAGGAGGAAGGCAACGUUGUGAUGGGGGCUGCCAUAGAGGGUGCCAAGGUCUUGGCGGAGCACACCCGCCACCCCGUCUACAUCCUGAAUGGGGGCUAUGAACGCUUCUCAGCUUCCUAUCAUUUCUUCAGGACUCAGAAGAUUUUCUCAAUGCCCCAGGAACUGGAUGCAUUUCAGACAUACCCCGUAGAGAUAGUGCCCGGAGAAGUCUACCUGGGAACUUCGAGGCAGGCCUGCAAUCCUCAAAUGCAUAAACAUCUGAAAGUCAAAGCUCAUGUCAACGUCUGCUUGGAAACAGCACCCUUCUUUGAGGGAGAUAAGAAGAACUUUCUUCAUAUCAAAGUGACCGACUCCCCAGAAGAGGAUCUUUUCUCCCAUUUCCGGCAGGCCACUCACUUCAUGGAUGCCCAUGUUAAUCUUGGCUCUGUGGUCCUCGUUUUCUCUACUCAGGGAAUAAGUCGUGGUUGUACUAUGGUUUUGGCUUAUCUCAUGCAUCGGAAUAAAGAAUCCUUAAGGAGAUCCUGGGCCCAUGUGCAGAACUGUAAAAACAACAUUCGGCCCAACAGAGGCUUUGUGCAGCAGCUGGUGAAUUGGGAGAAGGUGAUCCACGGGGCUGUUGUCACCGAUAUUUCAGAUCCCCAUUACUGACCCUUCCCCGGAGCUUCCCAGAAAAACAAAGCCUUCUGUUUCUUCACUUCAGCUGAGGUUGACUCUUUGAGCAGCGUGGGCCAGGACAGAGGGAGGGGAUGCUUGUGGGUCCCCUCAUCAUCCUUGGAUUCCAGAGUUCUCAAGUGGCCUCCAGUCACUACUUAGGACAGUCCCCUUUGAGGCACUGGGGAACCGAGGAAGGACGAGAUAAAGGAAGCAGGAGGAGGAAUUGGCCUGGUCACUUCCCCGUUUGGAUGUCAGGGUCCUUCUGUGUCAAAUUAGGGGGCUGGAUGAGACGAUCCCUGAGGUCUCUUGCAGUUCUCAGUCGCACGUGAACAAAGCAGGGUUGUCUUCGUGCAUUUGCAUCCUUGGUCCAAAUGGAGCACAUCUGAAACACAGCUCUCCAGCCUAACUGAAGAAGCGUCCUCUCCCACUGGAGGCCAAGCCAAAGUCAUUUGUAUUCCCCCAUAACAAUUAGGUGGGUACCCUUCAGCCCCCGGCACUGAAGGGGUACGCAGGGGUACAUAAAGCUUAUCCCAUGCAUCAGUGAGGCUCCAAGGAUGACUGAAGCUUCCUGAGAUAUGAUUUGGACUAAGGUGGGCCUAUGGGAUCCAGCACAGCCCAAAGGGGCCACAUCAGGGUCUACCUCAGCCCCAGGGCUGUCCCAACACUUUUAGGAGUGGUUCGGAACCGUGGGGGAAGGGGAUUGGAAAAACAAGUAUUAUUCCUAGGGUGCUCUGUCCCCAACCAAAAUUGAAUCAUUUCUCAAUCUCCAAAGUUGUGAAGCCUCAGUGAUCCCCAGAUCCUAGCGGGAUUCCAAGUAGAGUUAUAGGGUCCAGGUAUCUGAAGAACAGAGUGGGAUUAAAUAUUAUCAUUCCUCAUUACAGGCGCCACCUUCUGGCCCUUAAAUCCUGACCAAUGAGAACCAUGCCUUCCUUGGGCCCAGAAGCGUCCCAUUCGGUAUUUCCAAUUCAUUGCUUUUCUUUACUCUCUUCCUUGAUUAUCUGUGCUGGUCUGUGCUUCUCAAAGAAAGAGGCCCACUUUUCUGGAGCUCUUAGGACUCUACACAGAGAUCCUCCUAGGAUCUUGAUCAAGUCCCAGGCCUCACUUAGAAUGAGGAAGAAAAAGCCUCCUUCAUGGAGCAGAUUCCUCUGGAGGUCAGCCAGCUCAGUUGGCUAAAGUAGAGUGUGAGGUAUUAUAGAAAGGGCCCAGGAUCUGGGUUCAAACCAGGCCUCUGCUGCUCUGCUACAGGCUGUUACUUCCCCUCUCUGGGCUUCAUCUAUAAAAGAAAGGGGCUAUACAUUCUAUUUGUGAUCAAAACCCUAUGAAACAAUCCUAGGGAAGGUCAGCGAAGAGAUUAUUAGCCCAUUUUAUAAAUGAGGAAACUAAAGCUUGGAAGGGAAAACCCAAUGACUAAGGGUUGAAGUCAGGUUAUUCCUGACUGACUGCAUGGCAUGGUGGGCAUUCUUUCUGCCCCACAAAUCUGCCUCUCAGGAAAAAUAUCUAAAGGUGAAAUACAAGGAGACCUAGGGCAUUUAUGAUAUUUAACUCCUUAUCUGAGAGACAGCGUAGCAUAGUAGAGAGCCAGUCUUGGAGACCAGAGUUCAGGUCCUGCCUUUGGCCCACACUGACUAUGUGAUCCUGGCAAGUCACAAUGACCUCUUAGGGCCCCCCAAGAAAUUCUUUAAGACUAUGUGUGGCAGAGUAGUAAUUAUGUUUGUAGAGAGAGGUUGCCCACUGGGAGUUCCUUGUGCUAAUGAAAUCAGAGAUCCAGUCAAAAACAAACCCAAACCAAUUCCUUGCUGAAGCAGCCACCAGCUGCUCCACAAUUAUGGCCUUUCUGCACUUUCUGUUGAGGUUUAGGGGGUUCUGGGACCCCGAAAUAGCAACGCACAGGUCCUGCCUGAAUGAAUUUGACCCAAACUUUCUUUCAGCCAAAGACAAAGUUUAUUAAAGAUCUGCCAUAUUGGCCAAACUCUUAAAGAAUCUGAACAUUUGUGACCCUCAUAUUGACAAGUGGGCUACAUUGAAUCUGAGCCAUGGGGCCAUUUUUUUUGGUGAGGCACUCAGGGUUAAGUGACUUGCCCAACAUCACAAAGCUAGUA